ACGUUUGACAUAAAAGUUAGUUGUGGACAGGGGUUUCAGAUCUGAAAUAAGUGUUUCCCAUGUACAAUCAUGAAAGAACAGUAAUGUAGGGAGAGACAGAGGGCAGAGGUCAUGGAGGCACAUAAAGCAUAGAGAUCUGCAUGGUUUAUGAUUAUGUUAUAAGCUAAAUGCUAAACACGUUUACAUUUCUUAAGUGACCUUUAAAUGCCUUGCUGUCUUUAAGCUUCUCUUUUCUCAAUUUUUUUCAAAGCAGGUCCAUUUAUUUGUCUUUUUGCGCAAGUCUGUAUUUUCCCUAUCUGUUAACCACCCAAAAAGUUUCCAGCAUCUUGUGCAAUAUUUGACAAGUGCACCAUUUAAAGGGAAAGACUGGUCUGAGAAACAAUACAGAAUGAUGCUGCAGGAAAGGCUUCAGAAGGCUUUGAGAAUGAAGGGUAUUGCAGUCUUUUUGCUGGCACUAUGCUGCUGUCUGUCUGGGACACAGGGUCAGGGAGACCACGAGGACCAGAAAGCAUGCUGCCCAUCUGACACUGGUUCUCUGAUGAAAGAACUGAUAUCUAUAGGAGAGAAACUAGGAGCCAUGGGGGAGAAACUGGGAACUAUGGGGGAUAACCUGAGACUCAUGGAGACCCGGUUACAAACCAGUGAGAAUGAAGUGGAGGAGCUGAAGAGACUAACUGGAGGCCGGCCUCAGGUGGCCUUCUCCGCAACUCUCCGGGAGACAGGCCAUGGGAACACUGGACCUUUCACCACUCCCAUUCCCCUGCAGUACAAGAAGGUCUUCUCAAACACUGGCAGCUCCUACAACCCUGCCACAGGUAUCUUCACUGCAACGGUCAAAGGAAUGUACUACUUCCGUUUCACGAUGAUGAACAACCAGAAUGACACUCCUAAUUCUGUGGUGCGCUUGACCAAGAAUGGCCAGGGGCUGGUGUCUGUCUGGGACACGGUAGGAACCGAUGCCCAGGACAGUGGCAGCAACGCAGUGGUCAUUCCUCUGGAGGUGGGAGAUAAUGUCUAUGUUGAGUUGCAGGCUAACAGGCUGGUCUAUGAUGACGGGAUGAACUACAACACCUUCAGUGGCUUCUUGCUCUUCACCAUGUAAACAUGGAACACAUUUCAACAGCUAAAUGGUUGAAAUUACUUAAUUUUUUUAUAAGGGCUGGAUUCAAUCCGUAUCGCGUUGACAUUUAAAGACAAUGUCCCCGCGUCGGCGGCAACUGCAUUUACAGCAAACGCUGCAUAUGACGUGUCAAUUGGAAAUUACCUUAAAAAUUUCAAGCACGCUACAGCGCAGAUUUUCGCAGAUAUGGAUUGAAUCCAGUCCUUAAGUUAGUAGACAUAAAAUAGUAAUCUGUAGCACACAGUGAGGUUAUAAUGCAGUAGAAUGAUGUGCUUCCUAUCUUUUAUUGUCACACUUUCCACAAGGCUGCUGUUCCACUACAACACAUACUCUUUCACAAAAUAAAAUGUGUCAUCUGGUGGACAUAAGUAACUGUAAAAAUAAAAAGCCAUUGGCCUUAGAGGCAAUUAUA